GACGGGCCGCGCGGGCCGGGCUCCUGGGCGGCGCCGGCGGUGGCUGGCGCCUCCCUGACCGCCCUGGCAGGCGCGCACAGAAGAAGCCGGCGGAGAGCACUGGGCCAUGGCCCAGCGCGUUCCAUCCGAGUCUCCCUGCGGCAGGGCUCUGCGGCGCAGGCGCAGGCCGAGGUCCCGAUUCGGGACGGGCCUGUUGCGCUGAAGGAUGGCCAGAACGCCGAGCUAGAGGCGAUGCUCCAGGAGGAGUACAAGCCGGGUUUCACAACGACUGUUGAAAGCGACGUGUUGCCGAAGGGGCUGAACGAGGACAUCGUGCGACGGAUAUCGGCCAUCAAGGAGGAGCCGGAGUGGAUGCUCGAAUUCAGGCUGAACGCAUUUCGCAAGUGGCAGAAGAUGGAGACGCCCGACUGGGCGCACCUGGACUUGGAUCCGAUCGAUUACCAGGACAUCGUGUACUGGUCCAGGCCCAAGUCCCUGGCCAAGAAGAAGAGCCUGGACGAGGUGGACCCAGAGCUGCUGAACACGUUCGAGAAGCUUGGCAUACCCCUCACCGAGCAGAAGAGGCUCACGAACGUGGCCGUGGACGCCGUCUUCGACAGCGAAAGCGUCGGCACCACGUUCCAGAAGGAGCUCUCAGAGGCGGGCGUCAUCUUCUGCUCGAUCAGCGAGGCGAUAAAGGAGCACCCCGAUCUCGUGAAGAAGUACAUUGGUAAAGUCGUGCCAGUGGCGGACAACUUCUUCGCGGCGCUGAACAGCGCCGUCUUCAGCGAUGGGUCGUUCUGCUACAUCCCGAAAGGGACGAAAUGUCCAAUGGAGAUUUCCACGUACUUUCGCAUCAACAACAAGGACUCUGGCCAGUUUGAGCGAACGCUUCUCAUAGCAGACGAAGGCAGCUACGUCUCCUACCUCGAGGGCUGCACGGCCCCGAUGUUCGACAGCAAGCAGCUGCACGCCGCGGUCGUGGAGCUCCACGCCGCCGAGGGUGCAGAGAUCAAGUACUCCACCGUGCAGAACUGGUACGCUGGAGACAAGGACGGAAACGGCGGAAUCCUGAACUUAGUGACCAAGCGCGGGCUCUGCGAAGGGAAGAAGUCCAAGAUCUCGUGGACUCAGGUCGAGACAGGCUCCGCCGUGACUUGGAAGUAUCCGUCGUGCAUCCUGAAAGGCGAGCAGUCUGUCGGCGAAUUCUAUUCGGUCGCCCUGACAAACAACAAGCAACAGGCCGACACCGGCACCAAGAUGGUGCACAUCGGCAAGGGGUCGAAGUCCAAGAUCAUAUCCAAGGGAAUAUCGGCUGGAUUCUCGAAGAAUGCAUACCGCGGGCUGGUUGCAUUUCGUGGAGGAGCCUCGCGCGGCCGGAACUUCUCCCAGUGCGACUCCCUCUUGAUCCCAGGGGGGAUAACUCGGAGGCCUCGACCUUCCCAUACAUCGAAUGCACCGAUGGCGACAACCAGCUCGAGCACGAGGCGACGACCUCCCGAGUGUCCGAAGACCAGCUCCUGUAUCUGA